AUGGCUAAGGUCAAUACCAAGAUCAUUGUGGACUCUUUCAGUGCUACAAGGUUGAUUCCUCCUCCCAUUCCUACUCUGAGAAUAGAGCAUGUUGAUAAAGGCUAUCAAUUAAAGAAAACUGAUGGCUUACCUGAUCAGCCUCAGAUUCAUCCAUUCUCGGAAGCUUUCAUCACUCCAGUUGGACAACAAAUCAUUUCUUCCACUACCACUCCGAACGCCCCAGUGAAAGACAAAGGCACAGGAAUCCUUUUCGGAAGAAUCAACCUAGAGAAGUCAUUGAAAAAGAAAGAAGGCUGGCAUCUCUCCCUACUAUCCUCAAGGAAUGAUCUAUGA